AUGUGCGACGUGUUCCCAACGUACGCGGAUUUAUACCCAUACCCGUACUCGGAACGCCAUCAUUCUUGUACCUAUUUGCCAACGACUUCACUGACCAAUGGUGGUCAAUUAUUGGCGGUUGAUGCGGGCGCGAGCUGCGCUCGCGCUCAUUCUUUGAGAAGUUGCGGAUCAAAGUAAGCGGUGGUUGAUGUGACAUUUUAUGACAGGGCUUAGCUUGAAAUAGUGGCUGGGUUAAUUUUACAGUGUUUUGUUUUAUAAUUUUUAAAAAUUUUAUAGAAAGUUACAGUAACCAAGCAAAAACUUAAAAAGUCUUGAAAAAACCGCUUUAAAUGCCAUUUUUUAAUCGACAAACCUUCGAAAUUAAAGUUUUUAAGCGUUGUUACAGUACCUUGUUACCAUAUUUUUUAUAAAAAAGUAGUCAUUAGCACUAUAACUUACAGUAACCCUACAAAAACAACAAAACCCCCCCCCCCCCAAAGUUCUUGAGAUUAUACCCUACCGUAGCCCAGUACAAGAUCAUGUUUGUACUUGCGGCGAGUAAACAAGCAAAUUAGCGAGCCUAAUUAGCCGGCAUGUACAAAAAUCAGCCGGUUACACGUUUUUUGCGCGUCAGGGUCUUAUUAAAAAUGGCACAAAACAAGGGAACAAUAACAUUACUCGAGGCUAUAACAUUACCCAGACAAACGUGCUUAUUAACGGUGUUUUUUCAGACUUACUUUGCCUUAUUAUGAGGGUUUAUGAGUUUUGAAAUUUACAAGUUAUAAGUUUUGGUCUGGGCGUGGGUAUAGGGACAAAUUAAAAAAUUUUGGUUUUGGACAUGUUUCAUCGUAUAAAAUGGUCAAAAAACAAAAAAUACGGGUUUUAAUUUUAAAAUCAUGCCUUUCUACGCCAUAAAUUUUAAGAAUUCUACAAAAAAAUGUGCUAGGCAUGGGUAUAGGACUAUUUAAAAAGUUUUUGGUUAUGGACAUGUUUCAUCGUAUAAAAUGGUAACAAAAAAUAUAAGAUACGGUUUUUUAAAUAAAAACUUUUAAAUCAUGGCUUUCUCCGCCAUAAAUUUGAUGAAUGUCAAAAAAAUUGUCUAGGCAUGGGUAUAAACUCAAAAACCUUACUAACUAACCCUACUUCCAGACGCCGUCGAAAGCUGGCGCGAGACCAAUGGCCGCUGACCGGCCACAUGGACGACGACGAUGAUCAACUCGACGACCUGUACGACUCCUCCACCUCCCCCUCACCCCAGCCCUACUAUCACAAGAACGUUCACCGUGGUGCGUCCCCAGUAACCGGCUUCCAUCCGAAUCCAGUCAAUGGUGCUUCAAGUGGCAUCUCCUCUUCAUGCUCAACCAACUCCUCUACCAACGGCUACGCCUUGACCAUUAACGGCCAUGACAGUUCAGUCUUCACGAACAAUGAGAAUCAUGCACCGUGCGAGGUGUUUGAAGAUGAGCGGUACAGUGGAAGCCGGACGGAACGGUGCGGAACGUUGCUGCGGAAUCAACAAAUGAGGUCGUUUAAUGUUGACCCUCAGGGCAGAAUCGUUGAUUGUGGCUUUAGAAGAGGCAGGCCGAGUCGGGCUUUGACCAGUAAGUUGAUUUUCUUAAACUUUUCUUGGGAAGGGUAGGAUAGGCCAUCAAGUGCAUUUUUAAUUUUUUUGGAGGGGUGAUUUUAGUGACUGAAGGGUAGGGAACGUUUUUACAAAAAAAAUAUAAAAGGGCUGUAAAAGGCCUAAAAAAAGUAAAAAAUUGAAAUUUAAAAAAAAUUUUUGGGGGGUGGUUUUACCCUGCCCAAAUUUUUUUUGGAAAAAAAUCAGAAAAGAGUUGUAAAACGUUGAACAAUAGUUAAAAAAUCAAAUUUAAAAAAAAUUGUGGGGGGAUGGUUUUACCUCGCCCAAAUUUUUUUUUCAAUUUUUUGUUUUUUUAUUUACCGCUCUAACGAGUACCUAAAUACUCAUCAUAGCACUAAAAUACUCAUCAUUGUACCAAAAAAAAGUUUUGUAUGAUAAUGUCUAUCCAUCGUCAUGAGAUUUCGCAAAUCCUGCAGCUUAUCUUGUAGUAGCACGCGGUAGGAUUAGUAACAAGAUUACUUUGUCAGUAAAGUUUAGAGUAACGUUUGUUAUCAUGUCGUUUCGGCUGGCUUUUAGUACUAUACGGCGGCCUAAAAAGACCAAUUUUGUGUUUAAAACGUACUCUUUGGGUGGUACUGGUACUGGUACUAGCGGUAUUAGUAGUUCUACUAGUGGUACGAGUACUGGUGGUGCUCGUACCAGUACUGGCACUAGCUGUACUGGUACUAAAACUCAUUGUGGCACAACUGCUAGUAGUACAGCAAAUUACAGUACUAGUACUAAGCCAGGUACUGCUGAUACUAACCUCUAUAGUACUGUCACAUCAUUUGAUAGUAUUCAAGAAGAUAGUACUGAUGAGUUGAGUACUGCUACUCAGUUUUGCAUUAAUACUACUGAACCAUAUUUUAAUACACAACAUGGUACUACUGAUCCAAAUUCUGGUACUAAGCAUAGUACUAUUAAACCAGCAUCUGGUACUAAGCAUUGCCGUACUGAUUUAUAUCAUAGUACUGAAGAUGUGGAUAGUACUAAUAGUACUAAUAAAGUCAUACGUACUCAAAAUAGUACAAACACUAUUGUACCUAAGCUAGUACUCAAAAGUCAAAAUAGUACUGUUUCAAGGAGCAUUAAGAGGCUAAAGUCUACUGUAAAAUCUACCAAAUCUACAGUAAAUUCGUCAAAGUAUAAAGGCAAGAAUAGCCAGUUACUGUACAGUAAGUGAUAGUUUUGAAGAUUUGUAAAGAAAGUUCUUGCCAUUUUUUGUUUUGUAAAGAAAGUUCUUGCCAUUUUCUUAUUAUGACAAAGUUAUUUUUACCUUUUUACUGAGAAUAUCUUGCACUUGGCUCAUUUGUCUAUAGUUCUGAGAAUCUGGUAAAUUAUUUUUUGUCUGGAACUCAAAGCUAACAAAGGGCAAAAACGCAUAACAUAUGAGAAGAGCGAGUAUACUAUGUACUAAUGAGGUAUCGUGAGGUCUAUUUUUAGAAAAAAAUUUUUGCCAAUUUUUAUUAAAAAUUAAAAAAAAUCCACAGGGGAGAGACCACGUUCUAGUUUUUUUGAAAAAAAAAUUUAAAAAAAAAAUUUUUGAAAAAGGGUAGGGCAAAACUUUUAUAUUGUGACAAAGAGUAGUUGGACUAAACAUACAUAAUAUAUAUCUAGAAUUUCAUUAUUAAAAAAAUAAAAAAAAUAAUUUUUUAAUUUUUAAAUUUAAAUUUUUAAUAUCUAAAAUUUUGAAAAAAAAACAAAAAUUUUUUUUAAAAAGGGCGGGGUAAAAUUUUUAGGUUGUAACAAGAGUGUUUAGGCUAAAAAUACAUAUCAUAUACCUAGAAUUUCAUUUCUAAAAAAAAAUUUUAUAUUUUGAAACCUUUUUAAAAAAAAUCAACAGGGGGGACCAAGUUCAAUAUUUUUGGAAAAAAAUGCUAGGGCUCUGGAUUUGGGCUAAGGCUUUGGACUGAGGUGAGAUAAACAUAAAAAAUAUUUUCGUAUCAAAAUUAAAAAAAAAAAUUCAGGAAACAACAAGACCCGCCGAGCCACCUGCCCAGAAAUCUGGCUCAGCAGUGCAGACGAAGAAGUUCGACCAGUAACUCGUUGCGUCCUUCGUCUCUACGGUUCAACCAACGUUGGCAAGAAAACCUUGGCGAAACAAAUGUCAGCCCACGCCGACAUUACGGCUUGUACUGACAUCAAUGGCAUGGACUUUGAAGAUGUCGGUCCAGCCUCGACCAUUGCUUUCAUAAUGAAUGAAAAUGAAAUUCAGCUAGAGAUUAUUCAAGGAUCAGCGUUGGAGUCGGCUCAGUUUGAAGAUGUUAUGACAAUGUACAUGGUCGUAUAUUCGGUCGAUAGUAGAGAUUCGUUCAUUCGGGCGGCUCAAAUCCUGUAUCGACUUCACGAUACGAAACGAAGAGGUCCAAAACUACCUGUCAUUCUGAUUGGAAACAAAGUGGAUUUGCAGAGGAAACGACGGGUUUCUUUCAUUGGUAAGCUGUUAUAAGAUUUGUCAUAAAUGACAUACAAAUAGUAAUAAAAGCUCUAAAGUUAUGUUUUAUCACGUUUUUGAACAUUCUGUAACUUUAAAAGUCUAAAACAAUCAAAAAAUGAACUUGAAAAAAAAUGCCAAAAACGGCGCCAAAAAUGAAAAUUUGAAAUUUUUGGUUAGUUUUCAGUGUUAUUUGAAUUCUAUAUCAAUUUUACAUGCAUUUUAACACUAGGAAAAGCAAUUUGAGUCAAAAAUUGUUAAAUAAGCACCUUGAAACAGAAUUCCAAAAAUGGCGCCAAAACGAAAAUUUAAAUCUUUUUAUUAAUUUCUUGUCAUUUUUGACUUUCAUGUCAAUUUUAAAUCUUUCCUAACAUCAGAAAAAACAUAGUUGUGUUAAAAAUCGUUUAAUAAGUACCCUGAAACACAAUGCCAAAAAUGGCGCCAAAAUAAAAAUUUAAAUUUUUUUAAAAAAUUUUUGAUAAUUUGGGAAAUGCAAACAUAAAACCUUCAAUUUUUGGUUUUAAAAUUCAAUUUCACCUAUUUUAAAGCCCUUUUAUUAACCCAAAAUUGUUUCAGAAGGUCGAAUGCUAGCCAAGAUCUACAAGUCCUCGUUCGUCGAAGUGAGCUCGUUGUUGUCAAUGAAUAUGGAUCAAGUUUGGGAAGAGACGUUGAAGAAGAUUCAGAAAUGUAAAAUGACACAAGAACGCCAACUUCAGUGUGAGGAGAAGGAGAAGAGUGGUAACCACUUGAUGGGUCGUAUCUUUAAGCGUGGUCGACGAUUUGCCAAAUCUUGUGAAGAAAUUGUUGCUCGACUAGCUUCUUUGUGA